CAACCACUGGGACUCUUCUGCUGUCCCAGGGCGGGGAGGAAGGGCCCGGGACAAGGUGCUGGAGGGAAUAUCCCCCUGGAUUUUAUAUUCCUUCACUGGUGUGCUUGAAACGCCUAAGCUCCCACAAGACCUUUUGGGUGGCUGCCACUGGCCAGCAGCCUGUCUCUCUGCCCACCCCAAAGGCUGCUCUGCUCCUAAUCAUAUCUGUAGUUAUGGGUGUGGCCGGGCGGUUCUUCAAGUUCUUUAGGCAGAUUUGGCAAAGGAUGGCCUGUUGGGUUGGCUUCUGGAAAUGCCAAAUGAAGCAGGCCAUCUUGAAACACUCUGGCUCUAAGAAACAUACGUUGAAGGGGGUGGGGAAGACUCCCCCACAGCUGGAGAUUUGCAAGUUGACCAAGUCCCCUGGAGAAGCUAAGCUCCCCAGGGAGCAGCAGUCCUCUGGAGUGUCUGAGCCCUCUGUGCUGGCCAGUUCCACAGACAGGACCCGGAUUGGGUUGAGCCACAAGAGCCGCUCUUUGCUGCGGGUGCCCCGGACGGCCGUGCGGUCAGCUUCCAUGAUCAUGCUCUCUGCCCUGCAGUCCAGCUGGCAAAUGUGCUGGUGGAAGCCAUCUGCCAGCUCUGCCUCCAUUUCCUCCCAGUUGAGGACCUCGUCCCCUCUGGACACGCCCGAGGCCGAGCUGCUGCGAGAGGUGUACCUGGUGCUGUGGGCCAUUCGGAAGCAACUUCGGCACCUGGCCCGCCGACAGGAGAGACACAGAAGCCACCACCACGUCAGGACCUACUCCUCUGCCUUGGCCGAACCAGUGCUAGAACUGAAGAAGGAUGCUAGAAGUCCCCUGUAAGGGUCCCCCUCCUCAACGUAGCAAAAUAAACAGUAUUAAAGGGCUGGGGGUGGAGCCCAGUGCAAAGAUCCUGGGUUUGAUUCCCAGCAUUGCUCCCUCGCCCCUGUGUGCCAAAAACUAUUUACAGUGGUUUGU